AUGUUAUCCGGACGACAGCCCCUCAUGGAAACAUCAGACAACAACGCGACGACGGGCUCUCCCGCUCCCACCUCUUCGGCGCGCCGCUCGGGACGCGUCUCCAAAGCGCCCAACAAGUUCAUCCCCGAUGCGCCCGGCGCCAGCAAGCGCAAGCGCAACUCGGAUAACGAUGAUGAAGAUGACGACGACAACCGGGACAAUGAUGACGCCGAGAACGAGGCCCCCGACGAUGAAGAGGACAACAACAAUGCGAGCGACGACGAUGAUGAUGGCUCCGAGACAGCCGCCGAAGAACCACGCCGCGCAAAGAAGAAAAAGAAGACGCCUUCUUCGUCGUCGGCGAAACCGAGAAAGCCAGCGACCAAGAAGCCAAAGACCAAUGGUGACGCGCCCGGUCAUGACCAAAUAGUAGGCCAUCUGCCUAGCAGGCCAAAGAAGGCGGUUCGGCUCGCCAUCACACGUCCGACUGAUGUUGGGUUAUAUGCCGACAUUUUUGCUUCGGGCGACUCCUCGGACAAGGUUGCGACAGAGUGGUACCACAAAUACCAAGCCGACGAUGCGGCUGCCGUGACGGAGCUGGUAAACUGCAUCUUGCUGUCGGCCGGGUGUGACCAGCAGGUCACGCCCGACGACAUCCGAGAUCCCGAAAACUGCUCCAACAGACUGGCGGAUCUGCAGAAUGUCUACACCGAGGAGGGCAUCACGGACUACCCCUUGGUUGCAAAGUCCAAAACGACCCGGUCUUUCCGCGAUCUCUUGGUCGGCUUCUUCAAAUCACUGCUGACGGUCCUGCACGAGACCGACAUGCUCUACAAAGACACUGCCUUGAUGGAAAAUAUUGCUAGAUGGGUGGCUUCCAUGUCUUCGUCCACGCUUCGGCCCUUCAGACACACGGCCACCACCGUUGCCCUUGCUAUGGAGGCUGGCUUGGUCGAGAUUGCCAAGAAGCUGGAUGACCGCGUCAGCAAGAUGACGCAGCAGCUUGAUGCCGAGAAGAAGCGCAAGGGCAAGAACAGGGAGCGUCUUGCUGUGAUUGAGAAGAACCUGAAGGAGGCUGAAGAGAACCAGUCCAUCUGCCAGGCGCAGAUCCUGGAUUUCUUCGACACUGUGUUUCUCCAGCGGUAUCGCGAUGUUGACGCCAGGAUUCGCUGCGAGUGUGUCGAGGCUCUUGGUGGCUGGAUCUGGAACCUGCCCACACAGUUUGAGACGCCAGAGUAUUUGCGGUACCUGGGUUGGAUGUUGACCGACGCGAUGCCGCAAACACGACUGGAGUCUCUCAAGCAAGUCACCCGGCUGUUUAAACGGGAUGCUGAGAAGCUCGGUCACUUCAUUGACCGGUUCAGACCACGGCUGGUCGAGAUGGCCACCAAGGACGCCGAUGUAGGCGUCCGGGUGGCUGCUAUUCACGCCAUCCACAUUCUCAAAGAAACUGGCAUGUUGGAGCCAGACGAGAUUGACUCGAUUGGCCGGUUGAUUUUCGACUCGGAGCUGCGUGUCCGGAGAGCAGUCAUCGACUUCUUUGCCGGUUGCGUUGACGAUUUGAUUGAAGGCAAAGUGGAAGAGAUGGGCGGCAGCGAUGUUAUUGAUGAGGUUCUGGGCGAGGAAGACGAUGACGACUACUCCUCUCCUCGUCGGGACUGGAUCAGCGUCAAAUGUCUCGCUGAACUUCUUGCCGCAUAUGACGCCCAGCUGGAGGAGGAGGGCAGCACCGCUCCGCCCCGCGGUCUUGACAUUGCCGUCGGGAUGGUCCAGGCUGUCGCGCCGGAGACGAGGAUAUCUCUCGCCUCGCAGGUCUUGUACGAGAAGAUUGACCAGGUGAAGAACUGGGAGAUCCUGUCCGGCUAUCUCCUUCACGACCACACCACCAGCACAAAAUCAAAGUCCAGGUCUAAGGCGUCCAGGAGCAACUCUAAUGAGGCCGCCUUCAAGGCAGCCGUGGCGCCCGAGGGCAACGAGGAGGCCAUCAUUCUCGAGAUUCUUGCUUCGGCCGUCAAGCUUGGUCUGUCGCCCAACACGGAGGACGGACAUAGGAGGAAAGCCCGGACGGAUGCGGCCGAUACGGCGGAGGAAUCGGCGAUACACCUGGCGACCAACAUUCCCCGCCUGCUGAACAAGUUUGGUGCAGACGAGAAGACAGCUGUGAUGGUGCUACGGCUGGAGCACUCGCUUCCGCUGGACAUUUUCCAGCAGCUGCGUCAAGACUCCACCACGUUCAGUCGUUUGUUGGACGAGAUUUGCACCCAGUUUGACCGCCACGUCGACCGCGGCGUCUUGGCCGAGGCGACGGCUGCGCUGCUGCAUGCUCGCAAGCAUGACGAGCUGCAGGAGAUCACCGACAGCAAGAUUGCUGACCUGUGGGAGAUUGUUAUCAACGCUCUCCGGCACUUUGAUAAGAACAAUGAGCUUUCCGUGCGGGGCAACAUGGAUCCGGCGACGAUCACGGGGUUGGGCAAUAUCCUGCUCAAGAUGUCGAAACUGGCGUCGAUAGCGAACCCGACCGAGUUUCUUGAGGGGGGGGACCAGCCCGCCAUCGAGCUCCUGAUCAAGAUCGUCCACCGCGGCAAGCUGGACGUUGUUGACGAGGCGCUGGAUGAUUUGGAGGACGAGGCUGUGUCGUCUGCCGUGUCGUCUGUUCAGUUCUACUUUUUGUGGAAAGUGAGGGCGCUGAUUGGGAGUGUGCAGUCACGGGCUGAUAUCCCGAGGGAUGACAUUCUGACGCUUAAUUCGCUCAGGCAGGACUAUUCACGGAAUCUGAUCUGGACGUUGUCGUCGAGGGGAACGAACGAUGAGCUGAGGUUGUUUUCCACUGGGGGGUUGUGCGACCUGCAUAUCUGCUUUGCGACGCUGAGAACGGCGGUUGGGCAGCAGGGCAGUCAGGGGGCGGCGUCUCCGAAAUCGUACAGUGACCUUGAUGUCUUGCUUGAGCCGAUCAGGGCUGACUUGAUCACGGAGCUGAUUGAAAUUUUUGAUGCGGCGGAGAGGGCCUAUGCGAAGUGUUUGAGGCGGAGGUUGAACGAGCCGGCGGAGGAUGAGGAGCCGGUGGAGGAGGAGCUGUCGGAUGACGAGGGGGGGGAGGGGGAGGAGGAUAUGACGCCUGUGGAGAGGAGGGGGAAGGAGUUGAGGUUGGAGAGGGCGCUUUGCGAGCUGGCGGGGAAGUAUGUCCUUUGUAUUCUGGCCAAGAUGCUUGAUCAGGGGGGACGGUUGAGGAAGAGGAUGUUGAGGAAUCAGAGUAAGCUUGGGGGGAAUUUGAAGGAGGUGGUGGCGUAUUUGGAUGAGGGCCGGUUGAGGGAGAGGGUGGAGAGGUAUACGAAUAAGGGGAGGAAGGUUGCGAAGGGGGUCAGGAAGGGGGGGCCGACUGCUGCUGCUGCUGCUGCUAAUAAGGGUGGGAGCGGGAGUGGUGGGGGGCAUCAAGGGGGGAAGAAGUUGAGUGAGGAGAUUGUGGUUGAUGGGGAGGAUGACAGCGAGUUGUCCGAGGUGGAGUUGGAACUGGAGGAGGAUCCGAUUGAGGAGGAGGCGGAGGAAGGGGGGGAGGAGGAUUUGAGGAGGCGAGGGUUGGCGGAGGAGGAGGUUAUUGAUGAGGGGGGGGAGGAAGGGGAAGGGGAGAGGAUGGAGGAGGAUAGUGUGAUAGGGGAUUGA